AUGAGUACUGGCGAUUUUUUGACGAAAGGAAUAGAAUUGAUUCAAAAUGCUAUAGAUUUAGAUACAGCAACAAAGUACGAAGAAGCUUAUACUGCUUACUAUAACGGUUUGGAUUAUUUAAUGCUAGCUUUAAAAUAUGAGAAAAAUCCCAAGUCAAAAGAUUUGAUUAGAGCAAAGUUCACUGAAUAUUUAAAUCGUGCAGAACAAUUAAAAGAGCAUUUGGAGAAAAAACAACAGCAGCAGAAUGUUUCAGCAUCUAAUAAAAAGACUUCUGUUAAUAACAAUAACGGCGAUGAUGCUGAUGAUAAUAACAAAUUGAGAAAUGCCUUAAGUGGGGCUAUCUUAUCGGAAAAGCCUGAUAUUAAAUGGGAUGAUGUUGCAGGUUUAGAUGCUGCAAAAGAGGCUUUAAAAGAAGCGGUUAUCUUACCUGUGAAGUUUCCACAAUUGUUUAAAGGCAAAAGAAAGCCCAUAAGUGGUAUAUUGCUUUAUGGACCACCAGGUACUGGUAAAUCUUAUUUAGCUAAAGCUGUCGCUACGGAAUCCAAUUCUACUUUUUUCAGUAUCAGUUCUUCUGAUUUGGUUUCUAAAUGGAUGGGAGAGUCCGAAAGAUUGGUUAAACAGUUAUUUGCUAUGGCUAGAGAAAAUAAACCAAGUAUUAUUUUUAUUGAUGAAGUUGAUGCAUUGACUGGUCAAAGAGGCGAGGGUGAAAGUGAAGCAAGCAGAAGAAUUAAAACUGAAUUAUUAGUACAAAUGAAUGGUGUUGGAAAUGAUAGUGAUGGCGUAUUAAUAUUGGGUGCAACCAAUAUUCCUUGGCAGCUAGAUGGCGCCAUUAGAAGAAGAUUUGAGAAGAGAAUAUAUAUACCACUACCUGACCUAGCGAGCAGAACUAAAAUGUUUGAAUUAAAUGUUGGCGACACUCCAUGUAAAUUAACUAAAGAAGAUUAUAGAACUUUGGGCAAAUUGACUGAGGGUUAUAGUGGUAGUGAUAUUUCGGUUGUCGUUAAAGAUGCUUUAAUGGAACCGAUAAGAAAGAUUCAGAUGGCCACCCAUUUUAAAAAUAUAAUUACCGAAACAAUGGAAUCCGUGACUACAACAGAUGGCAAUGACAUUACAAAUACCAAUAUUGGUAAAAAAAGGCAACUGUCGCCAUGUUCCCCUGGAGAUAUGGGUGCAAUAGAAAUUUCAUGGACCGAUAUUGAAGCUGAUGAGUUGGUGGAACCAGAAUUAAACAUCAAAGACUUUAUUAAAGCUAUUAAAAAUUCAAGACCUACAGUUAAUGAAGAAGAUUUGAAAAAACAGGAGAAAUUCACCCAAGAUUUUGGUCAAGAAGGUAAUUAA